AUGUCUGGAGCUGCUUCCACCAACCCUGCGCUGAGCUUCGGUGCUGCUGGUCCAUCUUCACUAUCAGGCUCCAACUUCCAAUCUCCCGACCCAUCCUCGAGCUCGACGGGGUACAACACUGCCGUAGGCGGUUUCCCUGCUAGCUUUGGACGUGUCAAGUCCGAGACUUCGGCAUACGGCUACGACGAACAGGCUCCUCGAUCGCAGCAGCACGGCAACUACACCCACCACGAUCUCGGCGGCACCGGCACGCUCGCGCAGACGCAGGCUCUCGGUGGCUUCAACCCUUCCACCUCCUCACAACACUAUACUCCGCAAGGCCACUUUCCGGGACACACCAGACACCAGUCGCUCAACUCGGGCGUGAGCCAGAUGGGUCUCGGCGGCGGUGCUAGUGGCAGCGCCUACUCGUUUGGCGACGUCAACGCGAAUCAGUACAACAACUACAACUUGGUCCCAGCGCAGAGGUCCCCCUCCGGGCGCUCGUCGGGCCUUACUCUCGAGACGUCGCCCACACGAAGCCGCUUCGCCUCGACCGGAUACAACGACCCUCGCACCGCCAUCAACCGUCCACCUUCGCGCCCGGUCGGCCUCGGCGUCUCUGUGACCCCGGGCCCCAGCAGCGAUGAGUCGGUCAAAUUCGAAGGCGGCUCUCCCAGAUCGCUCAAGCGCGCGGCCGAUCCUAUUGAGGACCUGCGCAGCUCUUCCGAGCACUCGCAGCUGCGACGUCCGGCGUCGUUUCCCGUGCUCGGCGCCGGCGGCAGCAACGUGUACGGCCGCCCGGGGGUCCAGGAUUCCCGCAGUGCCCAGAGCGUUGGCCGCCGAGGUGGGCGUGGCGGCAUGGGCAUUCCCGGACAGGUCACUCCUGGGCGAUCCAACGUCAUGCUUCCCGGGCUCGGUGGCGGUUUCUACGAUGGCGAUGCUCGCCGUGAGUCGAUCGGCUCGAAUGCUACGUUGCAAUCGCCGCUGACAUACCACGGUGGAUCUGGCUCAUCGGAUGAGCUGGGACUGGGCGGCAGCGGCCUUCCGCAGCUCAUGCGUGCAACGCAGAUCCCGGGACAGAUUGCGCCAGCACCCGUCAUGGCACCCAGUGACCCCAUGUACAGCCCCCCCGGAGGCAGCGGUGGAGGAGCACCGCGAGCCAAGCUCGAGCUGCACGGCAACCUCAAUGACAUGGCCGUCGGCUGGUCGCACGACGAGUGGCGCAGCGGACGCCGACUGGUGCAGUUCUGGAGGCGCCAGGAGGGUACAACAAUCCACGCGACGUUCCGGCCCAUCCUGCCGUCGCAGUACGUACCGAACAGCAUCGUCAUCUCGUGCAUCUUCCGCGAGGACAAGAACGAGUGCUUCGUGACUUCGGUCGACACGAUCUACCUGCUCGAAGCGCUGGUGGCGAGUCGAUUCACGGUCGAGGAGAAGAACCGAAUCCGACGAAACUUGGAAGGCUUCCGACCGAUCACAGUGAGCAAAAACAAGCGCGAGUGCGAGCGCUUCUUCAAGCUGAUCAUGAGCUUCCCCAACCCCAAGCCGCGCAACAUCGAAAAGGACGUCAAGGUGUUCCCGUGGAAGGUGCUUGCGUCUGCACUGUGCAAGAUUAUCGGCAAGUACAGCGCGUCGUACGAAGGCGGGCCGCCUGUGCUGGGUGACUUGGGCCCGGAUACGUUUGGAGGAGCCGGAAUGGGUAGCUCUUCGCUCUCGUCGGUGGAUCUGUCGGGUGGGCACUACCGUGAUGCCGGGGGUUAUCCGGGCGCUUCGCCUUCGGUCAAGGAUACGCGCUUGCCUGACGCGUCCUUCGACUACGACCGCUCGGGAGGAAGCAGUGCCGGCAUGUACGGGAUGUCGAAUCCGGGUAUGCACCAUUCGGCAUCGACGUACGGUGGGAAUGCGUGGGGUAUGGGCAAUCAGGGCAUGGCUUUUAGCGCACCGGGGUCUGCGGGUAGUGGGUAUACUACUGGUCCCGGCAACGUUGCGUUCGCGCCGGGCAGUGGCUCGCACAGUCACACGCACAGCGCGAGCAGCUACGACGGGUUUGGUGCAAAUCUCACGCCCCAGGGUCAAGCACCGAGCUCGGACAGCGCCAACCUGUAUGGCGGCGGCGGCGGCGGCGGCGGACAGCAGGAUAGCUACUCGACGACGACGGGCGCGGGAGCGGGCACUGCACCUCAGGGACAGAGCACGAGCACCCUCGCUGCUGCUGCUGGGGACUACUAUUCGGAGCGUCGGUGA